AUGCCAAGGUCUCUGAUUCAGUCGUAUUUCGAGGAAGAAUCAACCGAAGCAAAUAUUGCUAUCAUCGAGAGCAUUUCCGACUACUUCAAAGAGGUUAAGCCCAGUAUCAACCGGGUAACAUUCAUUAUACCACCAUUCGACGAGGACAAGGAUAAAACCGACAAGGACAAGACCGCCAAGCACCUUGUCAAGCCCCGAUUCCAAGCGUACUGCGUAGGAUCGUGUUACGGCACUUUCUUACAAUGCGGCUGGGAAGGGCCUGGCAGUGGGCAUGUAUGGUACAAAGAUAUGCACGACUCCCUAGCUAAUGCUCACUUUCCGAAAGCACCCCCUAUUGCUAGAGCUACUACCAUCCAGUCAAUUGAGCCUACUGCUCAUGACACUGUACCAGCUAUCGCCCCAGACGUUGAAUGCAACAGCUUCAACAUGGAUCGUCAAGAGUCCUCAGAGACUGGUCAGGUACAUUCUCUGGUUGAUACAAACGAUCCUAUCAUUCCUGGCCUCGCAUUGUCAAUGUUGACAGCGCUGAUUAAACGUCUUUACUCCAACGACAAGUCUGCCGGCCGACAUCAGUCGGCCCCUUGGGAAACUGUGGGAACGACUCAGUAG